CCACUUAUCGGGCUGUUCCCAUAGCCCGUUUCAAGAGAAGAGCUUCGCCUUUUCUUGAACUUGGCUCAGUUUUCCCAAUCAACCUCCAGAAGAGUGCCUCGCCAGAAGAGCAGAAAUGAAGAACUCGAUUCCAUCUGAUGUGUGGGAGAGGAAGAAGGCCCUUAUCGCUCAGCUGUACAAGGAUGAGGAGUGGCCGUUAAAGCAGGUGAUUAAGAAGAUCCGUUCCGACGACUUCAAUCCAAGUGAAACCCAGUUGCGGAGCAGAUUAAAGAAAUGGCGGGUCACCAAGCCUUCCCGCCAAACCCGCAAGAAGUCGAACGAUAGUCAACAGGAGGGGUCCGGCGAUGACAGUGGCCGUGAGGGCGGCUCUCCCAAGCAUCAAGCUGCCAUUUUCUCUCCCAAGUCUCAUGCGACUGCAACGGAUCUUUCUGUGUCCGAAUCAGAUUGGUUCAUGAAUGGGUCUUUUGCACCACCAGGAGAGCUGCCGGUCACAGUUCCCCUCGAUCACGCCUGGGCCCCUGUACUGGCGCAACGAUCACCAUUGAACCAGCCUAACAAGCACAGGGAUCCUUCUCAUGCUUCGACGACUUCGCCCUUGCUCGAAGAUGUGAUGGUCAAUCCGACUGCGAGUUUGGCACCCACCUUCCAGGAACAUGCUUAUGGCUUCACCACCGAGUCUUGCAUGCAAACACCCGUGUCAUCCUCGGCCCCAGCUGCUCCAAUUCAAUGGUCAAUCCCUCAAUGGUAUUCGAUGCCUAUGGCGCCUGGCGCCCAAUCCCCCCCGAUGCCUUUCUAUAGCUCAGCACCGUUGAGUCCUCCGAUCGACCCUGCUAUGCACCUGAUGUCUCCUCCCGGGCCACAGCGGGUAUUUACACCACAAACGCCACCGACAGCCAAUAUCUCAAGACAGCAGUUGUCUGACUUACACGACGAUGGCGCGCAAUUAUGGAAGCGUACCAUGUCUGCUCCUUAUGUCCAGGAUACCGCUGGCGGUCAUCCGAGACUGGAACAGAAGGGCAUGCAGUCGACAGCAUUGGAUAGAAAGGCAUCACUCCCUUCCAAGACCACAAGUCAGCAUAACAUGGGCUUAAUGACCCCUCCGCCCUCGUUCUUCCCUCACGGGCAGCAUUCUGCGAUGUGUGCACCUAUCUAUACCUAUCCGGGGACUGAGACUCUUGUUCAUCGACCACCCAGUAUCGACUUCUAAGAUAUUUGGGCUGUGGUCAAGGUCUCAUCUCAUUCGAGUUCCGAAUGACUUUUGGUGAUCUUUCCUAUUCCGUGCGGCUUCGCGCAUUGGAGUCGCACGUUGUGUCUUCAUGGUUACGUUACUCUCUUCUGUUCUGCUGCCCUGUUUUUCUGCCUUG